CCAAUAGUACUCAGCUACCACUGCAUUCACACUCCCUUGUACAAUCCGCCAUCUCUCUCUCUUGAUCAGAUCAGGCCUGAAGAUCGAUAAUGGCUACAAGUUUCAGCUUCUCAAUCUCUAUGCAAGCUCGUGUCUCGGCUACAACAACAAGAUUCUGUCUUCAGAAACCGGCUUCCAUUUUCCAUAAUGGAAAGACUAAUCUCUCAUUCAGUCAAAGACAUCCCAUCCCUGCUCGCCUGGCAAUCUCUUGUGCAGUCAAGCAAGAGACGGUGGAGAAAGUGUCUGAGAUUGUGAAGAAGCAAUUGUCUCUCGCCGAGGAUCAAAAAGUCACAGCCAGAACCAAGUUUACCGAACUUGGAGCUGAUUCUCUUGACACGGUGGAGAUAGUAAUGGGUUUGGAGGAAGAGUUCGGGAUAACAAUGGCGGAAGAAAGAGCAAAGGAGAUUGCAACAGUCCAACACGCUGCUGAACUCAUUGAAGAACUCAUCCAACAGAAAACCGCUUAAAUGUGCCUCUGUUCUUGUCUUUUCUCAUCAUAUGCUUAUAUGUCUUUGCCCUAGUGGUUUAUUGUGUCAAUCUUUGGACUACUACUACAAAAGCUUUCUUUUAGAUUAUUCAGUUUGAGAAACAAAGGACCUUGAUGUUACAUGUUUUAUUCAAGAGUACAAACGCACACA